GGAAGUGAUGUGGGAAAGUGGAGUGGGGAAGGUGCUGGAAGGAAGUGCUUCUGAGCAGAAAAGGCAGCUGGAGAUAAGCACUGAGCAACUGGCAGAUCCUGAAGGGCAGUUUAUGUGUGAGGCAGAGGCCAGAGCCCUGUGUGCAGCAGCAGCAGUUGUGUAAAUGCCGUGAGGCAGAGGCCUCUGUGUGCAGCUUGGAACACCAGACAGACAGAAGCUUUUCUAGCAGCCAAGCCUUCAGGGAAACAUUGCAAGUGAGAACUGCAGUCCCCAAGCAAGUUACUGUGCAGCACAGCUUCUCCUGACUGACAUCCAGCAGGCUGCAUGGUAACCAAGGCAUGUGACAAGAGAAUGAGUCUGAAAGGAGGAAGCCCAAAAUGAUUGCCAUCUCCUGACCUGCAGUGACGUGUCCUUUAGGCAAAGUGUGGGACAGUGAGAGAGCGCUGCACGGAGGGGGUCAGUAACCGCAAAAUUCCAUUAACAGCGGCAUGGGACAGAAAGUGUGCAAAUGACAUAGGAAACAGCCCCCCACGAUGGGUUAAUUUCUUCUACCUGUACUUCUAGCGUGCUGGGCUUCCUCAACAUGGGAAGGUUGAGCAUCUCUUGCCUGCUUCCAGCUUCCUGGCACUUCAGCCUCUCUUCAACUGGGUUCCCGCGGCUCCUAAACCCAACUUUCCGGCAGCUGGUGGUGAUCAGCACAGCAGCUGUGAUCCUCCUUUUACUCAUAUACUCUCUGCUCAUGACCAGGACCAAAUACAGCAGUUCUUACCUAGACAGGAAAUAUCAGAGGUACCUGGCCCGCGUUACUGACAUGGAUGCCACUGACACAAGCAAUCCCAACAUUAAUUAUGGCAUCGUUGUUGAUUGCGGAAGCAGCGGCUCACGGAUAUUUGUGUAUUGCUGGCCACGUCACAAUGGAAAUCCACACGAGCUUCUGGAUAUCAAGCAGAUGAGAGAUCAGAACAGGAAGACUGUGGUCAUGAAAAUCAAACCAGGUAUUUCCGAACUUUCUAGCACCCCAGAGAAAGCCAGUGACUACAUCUCCCCCUUGCUUGACUUUGCUGCCAACCACAUCCCCAAGGACAAGCACAAAGAGACCCCUCUGUAUAUUUUGUGCACGGCAGGGCUCAGAGUCUUAACUGAGAGCCAACAGGAGGCCAUUCUGGAAGAUCUGAGGACGGAUAUCCCAGUGAGAUAUGACUUUCUUUUCUCGGACUCCCACGCUGAAGUGAUUUCAGGCAAACAAGAAGGUGUUUAUGCCUGGAUCGGCAUUAAUUUUGUCUUGGGGCGCUUUGAUCAUAUAGAAGAAGAAGAUGAAGCUGUAGUGGAGGUGAAUGUCCCUGGGGCUGAUAAUAAGGAAGCAAUCCUGCGCAAGCGCACAGCAGGCAUCCUAGACAUGGGAGGCGUCUCCACCCAGAUGGCAUAUGAAGUCCCUAAAAGUGUAAGCUUUGCCUCCUCACAGCAGGAAGAAGUGGCUAAGAACCUGCUGGCAGAGUUCAAUCUUGGCUGCGAUGCACAUGAGACACAACAUGUUUACCGAGUGUAUGUUGCCACUUUCCUGGGUUUUGGAGGUAACGCUGCUCGUCAGAGAUAUGAAGAUCACAUCUUCUCCAGUAACAUGGAAAAGAACAGGUUACUAGGUAAACAAAUUGGCAUGUCUGAGGAUGCUCCAUACCUGGACCCCUGCCUUCCUCUGGAUAUCUCGGAUAAAAUCCAGCAACGAGGGCAUACAAUGUUCUUGCGUGGCACAGGAGACUUCCAUCUUUGCCGGCACAUCAUUCAGCCCCUCAUGAACCUGUCUAACGAGACACAGACCACCUUGAAUGGUGUUUACCAGCCACCAGUGCCCUACCAGAACAGCGAGUUCUACGGUUUCUCUGAGUUCUACUAUUGCACGGAGGAUGUGCUGCGUAUGGGAGGAAGCUACAACUCUACUCGGUUUUUGCUGGCUGCACAAGAUUACUGUGCCACCAAAUGGUCUAUGCUGAGGGAGAGAUUUGACCGUGGCCUUUACGCAUCACAUGCUGACUUGCACCGCCUCAAGUACCAGUGCUUUAAGUCUGCCUGGAUGUAUGAAGUUUUCCACACUGGAUUUUCCUUCCCUUCUAACUAUGGCAACCUCAAGACUGUUCUGCAGGUGUAUGAUAAAGAAGUGCAGUGGACCUUGGGAGCCAUUUUGUAUCGGACCAGAUUCUUGCCACUGAGAGAUAUCCAGCAAGAAAAUUUCCGAGGCAACCAUCCCCAUUGGCGGGGAGCAUCGUUUGUGUACAAUCACUAUCUGUUUCUGGUGUGCUUCCUGGUCGUCCUGCUGUCUAUUGUGCUUUAUUUGUUGAGACUCCGCCGCAUUCAUCGCCGUAUGCAGCGCAACACCUCCUCUUCUGCUCUGUGGAUAGAGCAAGGACUUCAGUCCCCUGGGCUUACAAAUGGUUUAUGAGCCACCGGCAUACCUGCACACGUCUCACUGGAUUUGCAAGAAGAUAGUAAGGACUGUGCAGCAGCUCCCUGUGAUCCUCAAGACAGCCGGAUUAUGAUUGUUAGUGUGGCUGCCACAGAUGCAUUUAACAAAGCCAUGUUUUUAGAUUCAAGGUCACCUUUACCCAACAGGAAUAACUGAGCAUGAUGGAACCCUUACUUCAAUCAGGGCAUAUCAAUGAUGCGGAUGGAAGAACACUUGCCACCCUCUACAUGGUUACUACAUCCUCCCCUCCCACACAGAAAGAUAUUCAUAAAGUUUGUCAUUCAGGUUCUUUUAGAACUUUUUGGGGAGGCCUUGGUUACCCGCAGACUGCAGGCAUGGUCAAGGAAACAAGGACUUUUUUGCCCAAAACUCGACCACUUUGCCAGUACUCGACCCAAUGCAGAACUCUAGUCUGCAGUGUCCAUUUUGUUCUAAAUGGGUCAGUGUUAAUGGUGAAUAUGCUUGUGUUACCUACGUAUGCCAUUUCUAUUCUCCAGCCGUUGCACAGUGCAAAAUUGUUUAUUUGAGGCAUCUGUGUGUUACUGCCCUCUACUUAUUCUGCCUUACGGGUUUAUUCUUAAACGGUAGGUGACAGUUGCACGUGUUUUUUUUUUUUGUAUAUCUGACAAUAGAAUUUGGUGAGCCACCUUUGUAUGAAGUCCAACCUUCCGUCCGUAAAAGGACUUGCACGGUAUAGUAUUUUUACUAUGUAAAAGGGAUUGGGUGUGUGAAUGUUGUAUGAUGCAGCAGCAGCUGGGAAACAAGGUCCCGAGUUGAGGUGAACUGAAAUGAUAAUGGAUUAAUAGCUGCUGCUGUUUGUAUGUUAGGCGCCAUCUUUUUCUCUGUUUAUAUAAGGCAUUAGCUUUGUUUUUGGGCAGGAUGUGUGCGACUAUGUUUUGUGACGGUGAGGAACUGCACACACAAAUCAUGCCACUUGUCUUAACUCAUUGUCAAUUGCACUUUAAACCGUAGUUAAAUAAGGAAUUUACCCUUCAAACUGCCUCUUACUGAAUUCUUAAGUGCGGCCUUCUGCUUCUGGCCAUCACCUGUAAUUAUUUAUAGAAAUGAAUUGUGGGUAUUGUAAUUUUAAAGACGCAAGAGAGCACCUUUCUUUAAAAUGUAUUGCCAUGCAUCCGGUUUUAUUAUUUACAGACAAAUUCUUACACAGGACAUAAGGUUCAUGGGCAAAAGCCAUGACUUCUUGGUGGCAAGUUUGCAUGAGGCUUGGGAGGAGCAAAACGGAUGAAUGGACUAUGCGAUGGGAAAUUAGAGAAAUGAUCGAAUGAAAGAGCUGAAGAUAAAAGGGCUACGGUAUAUGCUGAACAAGUUGUCGUGGUACGCGGCUUUUACCAUUACAUUUAGGGGCAGAUUUAUUAAGGUUCGAAUUGUAAAUUCGAAUUCCAAUUUUCGAGUUGGAUUUUUGGUUAAACUCACAAUUUUGAGUUGGGAAUAAUCCAAACCUCAAUUCGAAUUUGAGAUUUAUCGUUGGGGAUGGGCGAAUUUGACCAGUUUCGCUGCACCAAAAAUUUGCCGUCAGUGAAAAUUCGGCAAAAAGAAUUAAAGUCUAAGGGCGGCUAAUUUUUUUUUGACGUGCAACAUUUUUUUUUUCUCCCAUUGGAGUCUAUAGUCGCAUUUUGUGCUGCAAAACUCGGCAAAAAAUUAACCCAUCCCUAUUUAUCAUACUUGGACCCUGGGAACAAUUCAUAGGUCACCACCUAAAACCUGCCGAGUUCAUGUAGAAGUCAAUGGCAGAGGUCCAGUGACCCAUUUGAAGAUGUUUAUAGCCUUCCUGACAUUCAAGUUUUUUUGUUUUUUUUCCGGGGGAAGAAACUCGAUUUGAGUUUAUUCAAAUUCCAUUUGAGUUUUCAAGUCGGUAACAUUUGUUUUAGACUAUCCAGUUUUUUCUUAAAUAAGAUACUAUUCAAGGUCAUUCGAGUUCAUUUGAAGUAAAGAAAACACUAUAACUCGAUCUUUGAUAAAUAUGACCCCUAAUAUAGUUCUGAAAAUCUCAUGCACUGACACAGGUGCAAAAAAAACCCAUUGAAACCGGAAAGUCAUUUGCCAGUCCAAGACAGAAUAAAGAGAGCCCCAUAAACAAGGAGUAAGUACAGGUG